AUGCCGGCCGACGACGGCGGGCUGCGGGUCCCCGCCGUCGAUGUCUCGGAGUGCCUGACGCCGCGCACGGACCGGCACGUGCGGGGGCGGAGGUGCUGGGUGCACUGCUGGGGCGCCACGUUCAGCAUCCUCUACGUCGCCUCCGUCGUGAUGACGGGGCUGAGGUGGUCAGAGCAGGGCCUCUGCGUCCGAUCCUGGUGGUGCGUGACGAAGAUGUACAUCCGGGCAGCCCCUGCCUCGGCUCGGCUCCACGGGGUGUGGUACCUCUGGAGGAGUACCACCCGAGAGGUCCCCCUCGGCCUGCUGGUGAGCAUUUGGUUCACCACCGGCACCCUCAGCGUCGGCUGCUGCUCGCUAUGCAACUGGGCCAUGGUCCAGCUCUGGGCGUGGAUGAACCCUUACUGCUACAUCACGUAUCCGGCGGAUAACUGGCCCUGGGACUACACGUCUGGGAAGUGCAUGAUGAUCAAUGUGGUUCAAUGGAUCCUGACGGCUGGCAUCAUCGAGGAGUCCUUCAAGUUCGUGAGCCUCCUACGCCUGAGGCCCACGCCCGGGAAGGUCCGCGCGGGGCUCGAGUGGUGCCGGUGCAGAGUCCCGGGGCUGCCGAGGGCCUGGUGGAUGCGGCUCGCCGACUCGCCGCUGGCGGUGGCCCUGUGCGGCGUGGCGGCCGGGGGCGGGCUUGCGGACGAGCUCGACCGCGCGCAGGAGAGCUUGGACAAGGCGUUCAAGGACAACGACCUCGAGUCCGCCUAUGGCCGCAUCGCCGCGUCGUUCGCACACAUGGUCUGGACCGGCUACGCGGCCUGCGGGCUUGCCAAGUGGCAGUUCCUCCCGCCGGGGGACCCGUCCAGGCCGCGGCGGCGGACGAGCUACCUGCUGGCGCCCAUAGUGCUGCACGGCCUGUACAACUGGUGCUCCACGCUGCAGCGCUGCGAGGCGUACGAGGAUCCGAGACGUACCAGGGGAAGCUGUACAAGAGCGACGGCUGCUACCUUCCGCCGAUGUGGCGCAUCGUCUUCAAGGGUGGGCACACCGUGGUCAUGCUCUUGA